AUGCCGCCUGAGGCGAAAUCUUCCAACCCGUCUAGCACCACCCAACCGCGAGGGUCGCCGCCGCAGAUUACCCGGAAACGUGUGAGCUAUAGCUGUCAAACAUGUCGUCGGCGCAAAGUCAAAUGCGACAAGAUACUUCCAGUAUGCGGAAACUGCACGAAAAACAAUACCGAAUGCAUGUACGACGCGGAACCACGGCAAGAUGACGCUCGAUCCAGUCGUACCCGCCGGGUGAAUAAAAACAAACGGCGGAGACAGAUUGAACAGGAAAAUACAGACGAGCCGACCCAUGACCAUUCGAGGCCUGCGCCAUUAUCAAAUGUGCAGAAAACAGAUUUGAGCGCAGUCGAAGCUCAUCUGGCUCAACUUGUAUCGCUUGUUGAGCGGCUAAAGAGGGAUAACAAGGCUCAAGAAUCAGCGGAGGUUCAAGCGCCUGUAUCAAAGCCUAGCGCGGAAACGGUACCCCUGGAAGAAGGCAAUCUUCGCAGCAAAUCGAUCGCGCAACCGGGUAGUCCGCUCAGCGCUGCUGCUGAGUGUAGCAGCGAUGAGUUUCCCAUCCCAAACGGCCAGACUACAGAUCUCGUAGAUCCACUGGAAACUUCAAACCUAGGCCACAUGUCCUUGGGCGAUGGCGGGAGCUCAAGAUAUGUUGGAACAACGUAUUGGGCUUACAUUUCCCGUGAAAUGGAGGAGCUCAAUCAAUUGCUCGGGAACCAGAAUCGGUCGCAUGACUUAACAGCACGUAGUGAUCAUAUCGCAACUGAUUCGGUUUCUAGCGAGCAAAGACAGCGGAAGGAAUCGAUAAGCAGCCAAAACACCAGCCAGGCCACGCGCUCUCCCUUUCCAUUCGGCUUCUCAGAACCCAUCCAGAAAGCCGUUUGCAUCCCAUCGCGCCAUUUCUCGGUGAAUGAUAAAGCGGUGGAGCCAGAUACUCUUAAGCAUGUUCCGACAAAAUGGCAAAGCGAUAUCCUCUACAGGGGAUUCAUGUCAGGCGUCCACUCAUUGAGUCCUACUAUUCACCCUCCGAUGAUCUUAAAACUUUACAACGCCUUUUGGGACUGGUACGACUGCAAAAGUUAUACGGGGGAGCCGUGCCCCACUCCUUCUUUCAUUCCGCUCUUAUACGCAAUAUGGUUUGGAGGCUCAGUUUCGAUUUCCAUGAGAACAAUGGAGACAGAGUUCAAUACUUCUUCGCGAGCUAUCCUCUCGACAAAGUAUAGCGAAGAGGUUACUUGUUGGUUGGCGAAGAUCUCGUUUCCCCACAGUGUCACGCUUCACGGUCUGGCAGCCUAUCUCAUUGCGCAGACAAUUUUGUCAAGAGAGGAAGAACCCCUGGCGAGUAGUUUGUUUGUCAGUUUAGCAGUGAGAGUGGCGCAGACCUUGGGGUUACAUCGCGAUCCCUCCCAUUUUAAUAUCGACCCAUAUGAGGCAGAGUUUCGACGCCGAUUGUGGUGGCACAUCAUGCAUAUGGAUGGCGUUAUCGCGAUGUCAAGUGGGCUUCCGCCAUUGCUGACCGAUGAGACUUACUGGGAUGUUCGUGAGACGAGCGAGGUCAAGGACACCUUAGUGGGUACUGCCGAAGCCAAACAGUAUGAACAAGCGGUUGCCUGUGGCCAGCGACCACCCGAUAAUCCAGACGACCCGACUGUCUGUGGUGGGCCGUCGAUGGUGAACGUGUAUUAUUUAUCCGCAAAGGGCAAAUGCAUAAUGGCCCAGUCUGUUCGUAGAAUACUAAAAAUCCAGCUGGGCACGAAACCCUUAACAAGAGGGGAUAUGGUGGAGCUCCGCUCCGUCCUUCACGAUCUUCAAGUCAAGCUCAACUCCAUCAUAAGCAGAAUUCCAGAGACAACUGCAACUGAAAAGUCGGCAGCGUCUUCAAGACGAGCUCCUCGUUCCCCUGCGGAGGAACUGCCCAUUGAAGGUCCAUCUGGCUGCCCGGAGCAAUAUCACUCAGUAGUCCUCGUCGCGUUUCAUAAAUGGGCCAGGAUUAUUUUGUCGUUAUUCAUUGAUAAGGCAUUUUGUGUUGCAUACCAACCAUUCCUCAGAAAUCCUCGAAGUCGAAUCUGGCCUGUAGCACGUCAAAGUGCGCUACGGCAUUGCUACGCAUUCAUGGAGAAGUUUAUCCGACUGGCAACAGAUCCCGACUUUCAGCCGUUCCAAUGGGGCUGGCCAGGGAACCACCAGCCCAUGCAUGCAAUGAUGAUUAUUCUCAUCGACCUGUACGAACGACCAUAUAGCCCCGAAGCCUCCGUAUCACGCGGCUUUGUCGAUCAAAUCCUAUCGCUUUCCGGACCAGACGGGGGCGUCGUAAGUGGCGGAGAUGACAUUUUCAUACAGCGUCCGUUAAGGAACGGCGGCCGUGAAGCCUGGGACAUGAUCCGUCGUCUACGCCAAAAGGCCUGGCAGAAAGCCGGUCUGAACCCGCAACUGCCCCGGAUGGGACAAGACUGGCCAAGCGAGUCUGAUUUUGCAAAUGCGCCUCAUUUCCAAUCCAUGUCAUCCACAACCGCGACUGCACCUACUAGCGCGGCGUUUGCUGCCGACUUGGCCUUUGCUCGUUCCUCCGCACGUACUCUCCCGACCACCCUCAACUCUCCUACGGUUCACUUCAUGGACACCGCUGAUCCGAAUGUAUUGCCCGCUUCUGAGCGCUCUGCCCCCUUCAUGAUCGAUCCGAGUUUCAACUUUGACUGGGUUGAAUGGGAUAAUAUCUUUGGGCAAUCUUUACCCGUCGCGGAUGAGCUUAUGGAACUCGAUCACGUUACGGGACUUGCGUUUGCGGACUUGGAAAAUGGUGAUACGUGA